CGGAAACUCGAGUUAAAGCCGAACCCCCAAAACUGCACACUGCUCAUUGGGUUGACCAUCACUCCCGGACGAUAUGCGCUGGUGCUGGAUGUGGCAGAAAAUUCACGGUGACAGAACGAAAACACCACUGCAGAAGGUGGCACUUGGUACUGUUAAUAUUGCAGAAGAUCCCCUCUGUUCAGUGAUUGGGUGCCGCAUGGUUCCUGGGGGCAAGCACAAAAAACAGACACAUGUCAGGGGAAAGGAGAGAAAAGGGUGAAAAAGGUGCAGGUUUUCCUUGAUAAUAACACUAAGUAUCGCCUGCAAGCAGGUUCAAGUUGCAGUGUUGUAUAACGUCUUGCAUUUCAGAUGUGGUGAGGUGUUAUUGCGUGUUUCAGCCAUGGUAAGAUGCUUAUGUGAUGUUUUAAGCUGCCAUGACAUGUAAUGUCUUGUGUUUCAGAUGUGGUGAGGUGUUCUGUGGAAAAUGCACCCAAUUCAGGAGGCGGCUAUCAAUUCUUGCAACUCCAGACCCAGAUGGUAUUAGUUACAGGGUUUGCAGAGCUUGUUAUGAUGUUGGUCCGCAAACUCUAGGUGUGACAAAUUCAAGUACAAAAGAUUUCAAAAUCCACAGACACUACUGCCGAACAAAUAGUAUCAACCAAAAAUCAGGAUCUAGUGAGAAAGUCAACUUCAUCAAAGAGUGUGAUCGACUCGUCCAGGGCUUCCAAAAAGAAGUGGGCUCUUCAAGAAUAAAGAAUUUUGUAUUGAAGACUGUUGGAUCCAUGGCAGUUCCUGCUUGGCAAAAGUCAAAACACUGGACGGCCAAGUGUGACACAUGCAUGCUGUGUUUUAAGACAUUCACUAUCACAGAUUUAAAGUCACAUUGCAGGGUGUGUGGUCACGUGAUCUGUUCUUCUUGCUCUUCGGACACCCUUAUUGUCUACGUGGAUGACAAUAGCAGUAAGGUCAUGUGGUCUUUAAUCAACAUAAUCGGUUCCCCGGAUAAAGAGCCCGCCGUAUGCUUGUACUUGAGAAUUUGCAAUCACUGCCACUCCGGAGUGGCCGAGAUCCAGGGCCGAGCGGUUAUAGAAGCGGAGCGAACACUUAUCGAUGGACCUUCGAUGUUGGAUAAUGUUUCUGAUAUUCACGGUUCACUGGUGAAGACACAGAACAAAAUUACUGCACUCUUGCCGAAAUACGAGAGUUUGGUUGACGCGGUAGAAGCGAAGGGCGAGCUCAAAGGCGUGGUCGGGGAGGGGCAGAGCGCCACCCAAACUUUAGCCAAAUAUCACCUAGACUUGUCCGACUUAUUCACCCAGUUCGCAGUAGACAUGCAGGGUUUGAGGCGCUUGAAACCGCGUACGAAUGCACAGAUGAAGCUCGCGCGCAACCUCACGCAAGGCAAAUUCGGCUUCUACAACGACAAUUUCCCUGCGUAUCGAGAGUGUAAAAAACGAUUGGAUGAGGUUUUACCAAGUCAAAUCCUGGAAUCGAUGCAAAAGAUCGUGGAUGAGCAGGCGAUUAACAAUGCGUAUAUAGUGAUCAAGCAGUUAGGGCUAGAGGCCCUUAUAUUAGCCACGACUCACGAUAUCCCAGAUACUGUACCACUCAUACUUGCGCGCUGUGAAGAAGUGUGCAUCGAGGACUUGAAAAAGCAGAUACAGCAGUAUCGCGGCGACUGGGAGGCGCACUUGAGUACAGUUACCGAACUCCUUCAGAUUCAAAUCAAGGAGCACCGCCUGGUUAAGCCAUCGCGGACGUAUACCAAGUCGUACGGGGCCAGAUACGUCCAGGAAUACCUGGUAGAAAGGGUGCACAUCUUGUUGCGCCAGACCACUAGGCAGCUAGGCGACAAGACUACGGGCAAGACAUUCCGUACUACUAAACAGGCUUUGGAGACCGCGAACGGUCAAAUCACGGCGCUAAAGUGAAGUCCAGGCGCAUACCCCUCGGCCGUAAUUUUGCAUAAUCCAUACGUCUGCACACCCCAGCAGUUCCUGACUCGCCUGAAGUCAUUGGGAGCCUGUAAGGCGUCCUUCCUAAUAAGUAAAAUACAAUAGUUUUAAGAUUGAUAAGAAUAUAUUUUUAGAUAUGCUGUCUGUCACAAGCUAUUGACAAAUGGACUGCUCCAAGCAGUUUAUAAUCAUACCACUUGGGUAUAAAUAAUAGGUUUCAGUGUUUGCAUUGUGAAAAUGGUUCCAUGGGCCAGCAUCCCCAGUUCUUUUAUGCCCCCUCCCCCCCCCCCCCCCCUCCCUGAAGCUGACCUAAACCCAAAUUGGGACUUCUUGCUUUUCUUACUUCAGAGACAAAACCCAAAUCACGCAUCAAGCAACUCUCUAUGUAGAUUACAUGACACUUGUGAAAGGCUAUAAGUUUAGGGUGAUAAAAGUAGGCUUGAAAACUAUUUUAUGUAAUGGUUUAUGAAUAACAAUUGGUUAUGGUUGUUUGUUA